CUACGGAGAAAGCGUCGCUCUCUCCUCUUCGGUCUCCACGGAAGAGAACACGUCGAGAAAAAUCCAAAGCAACCCUCCCACGCACCCACUCGGAGUUUUCAAAGUGUCAUGGCAGUCCGCCAGGAACCGUUUGGCGGUGUUCGGACGAAGACUCGAACGAGUUUUAACGCCGUCAGGGCGCCGAACGUGAGGGUUAAAGAUUAGUUAGCAUGCUCGCCGGCUAGUGGUCUCGUCGGGACGCCUCCUGGCUUGACUGCCCCUUCAAAAAGCCAAAGAAAAUGCUUGUCAAUGUUGUCACAGGUUCCGGAGAAGACAUGGGCAAGUUGCAAAGCAAGUUUCGCAAGAGGUCUGAGCUGUACAGGGCCUCAGAGGGUGAAAAGGCAGACAGUGCAUUCGAUAGUCAGGUUGUUCAUCAUGAACCGGCCCACCGCGGGUCUGUCAACACAGUCACCAAACUCAGCGCAGACCUGUGUGUUUCUGGAGGCACUGACCAGGCAGUGGUGGUGUAUGACUGGAAACAAGGCCGCAUGUGUCAAUCCUUCCAGGGUCACAACAGAGAAAUUACCAAGGUGGUGUGUUAUCCUGGCAGCACGUGGGUCUUCAGCGCCUCAAGGGACAAGAGUGUCCUCAUGUGGGACCUGAACCAGGGUGAUGAGCCCAUUCAGGAGUUUUGUGGGCACCAGUUAGUGGUCAACGGGCUUGCUGUCAGCCCCGAUGGGAGGAAACUCUGCACAGGCUCCCGUGACAACUGCAUGUGCCUGUGGGACAUCGAAUCUGCAAAAUGUGAGCAGAGACACAACAUUUCAAGAAAUCUGGUGACUCACGUGUGCUGGGUGCCAGGUAGCUCCUCGAUUGUCCAAACAUCGGAGGACAAAACCAUACGGGUGUGGGACAGCCGUGCAUGGCAGGUGACAAACACGUUUCCGGCGAAGCAAUACAUCCAGACCCACUGUGACGUUUCUGACAACGGAAAUUACCUGGUGUCCAGCAGCAACGGUUUCGGAGGCCAAGGCUGCGAGGCCACGCUGUGGGAUCUGCGUCAGCCGGGCUGCAAAGUGGUGGAGUACCGGGGUCACUUGCAGACCACCGCAUGCUGCGUCUUCCUGCCCGUGCCACUGGAGGGCAGUGGCGCCGCUCUUGUGGCCACGUCCUCCCACGACAGCUCCGUCAAAGUGUGGGACCAGAACUCGGCAGUCUGUUUAGCCACAUUGUCACUAGAUGGUGCCGGUCCUCUGGUGUCAUUGGUGCCCAGCGACGCCUCCAAUGUGCUGUGUGCCAGCUUCAACAGCGGACUCCAUCACGUCGAGCUUCUCCAAGCAUCAGGGACCGCUUCAGGCGGAGCCAGUGACAUGGACAUUAGAGUGCUGUCCCGCUUCUAAAAGGUACCAUUACCAGGAUAAAUGUGCCUCCAAAGUUGAACAAAACUUUGGAGUUCACACCAUCAUCACACAUGUCAGCAAAUCUUGUGGGGCUUCAGCUCAGUGAGUGUCCAGAGGAUUUAAGGUGUGUGUGUGAGUGAGAUGUUACCAACAAAAAGGAAAGGUUUGACGAGGACCAUAGAAGAGGAAUUGGAAGUUGAAAAACAAACAUUUGACAAGUAUAUUAAGAGCUUAGUCUUACAAAGUCUUCAUUCAAGGAACAAAUUGUAACAUUAUUGCAUUUGUCACUGUCCGACAAAAAAAGAUGUCCAAAUGUAAUUAUUUUAUUAAACGCAAAGAUAAAAAUAUUUUUUGGGGGGGUUAAAAAUAUAGAAAACGUUUUUGUUUUUUGUGGAAUUAAAAAUACGAUUUUAAUAUUCUGGGGGCAUUUAACAUAAAACCUUUAAAGAAAAACAUAAUUUUCAAAAUAAAAUGCAAAAAGAAAGUGUUUGGCAUACAGCAAAUAGAAUGCACAAGUACAUGUUUUGGGAUUAAAAUAUACACUAAAUUGAUUUUGGUGGGAUUAAAACAAAAAAACACUUUUGGAUUAGAAAUGAAAUGCACCAAAAAUGUUUUUUUGUGAUUUAAAAAAUAAAUAAUAAAGCACACGAAGGGGAAAGAAAUAGCAGCAAAUUUGGAAGCUAUGCAAAAAUAAAUUGAAGGUAUCAGACUUCUGAAGGAAUGAAUAGUUUUACUUGAUUUCAGUUUUUAAUUUAUGUUUUACCCUUGUGUAACAGUUAUAAAAUCAUUUGUACAGUGAUAUUUUAUGGGAGCAUUUAUUUUGAAAUUUGAACAACCUCCAAGUCAACCAGUGUCAAAGAGCUAAUUGUGUUCCACUUUCUCUUUUUCCAAGACUUUUCAUGUUUGGAAAUUUCAUGGAGCAAAAAUUGAUUGCAUGAAAGACAUUGAUCGUCAGUUAUUUUGUAAACCGCUUAUCACCAUCAGGGUCACUAAGAAUUGGAGCCUAUCCCAGUUUACUUGAGAGCAAACGGACUGAAAACACCCUGGACUAGUCUACUGUCCAUCACAGGAUUGUGAAUGGGGACGUUGACUUUGAAUCAAGCAAUGUGUACAGGACCAAUGACCCAUUUUGGUGGGUCUGGUUGUUAAAAACAUGAAUACUUUUAAAAUUAUGCUUUACUUGUCAUCACACUGAAGCCAAAUAGAAUAUUUUUGUAGAAUGUUACAUAUAGAUUGCUUUGAAUACUUUAAUUGAUGUAUUUUUAAAGAUGACCAUAUUUUAAACAUGAAGUCGCAGAACUAUGCAAUAAGCUUUAUAGAAAAAUGUUACUAUGAACAAAUCGCAUAGAAAUCAUUGCAAAUGCAAAAUAAAGUUGCUGUCAACAUGCCACCGUGCUGUUUGAUUGAUAUACAACAUACCUGUGGAUCAGUAGUGUGUAUGGCCUUAAUGUGUAACCUGUAUGCACUCGCUGCAGCAUAUGUUUUGAGAGGUCCUGGCUGGCUUACUGUGAUUGGCAGUAAAUACAACUAGCAUCUUCAUGUUCCUUUGUGCACUCUGUACAAUGGUAUUUUGAUGUGUCCCAGCUGAUCAAUUAAAGUAGUCCUGUAUGUGAUUUCGGGUCACUGACAAGUCACAAAAAAAAGGUUUUCCACCAAGGGUGUUUUACUUGUAUAGUUCAAAGAAGACAUUAAAGCCAUACCACAAUGAACCACCACAAGUCAUCUUGAUAAAAAGAACACAGGAUGCCCUUUCUAUUUGUAUUUUUAAUUCAUUUAAAUGUGGAAGUCAUUUGCAAUUGGACACGCACGCAACAAACUAUUCAAUUACUACCCAUGGACAUGUUUGCAUAUAAACUUAAACACACACACACACACACAAAAUCACAGUUCCACGUGGCCUAUUCUACAAUACAUAUGAAAACAAAAAAAAAGGGGCAGGCUCAAAAUUUGAAAAUGACAUUGAUUCAAGUUGGCACAUAACAGAAAAAGGCUGUAUAUGGAAAUAAAAACAGUGAGGAUUACAAUUAGAUUUUUCAGUUGAGUUGAAAAAUGUGUUUCAUUUUAAUUUAAGUGUAAAAUCCCACAAAUGCAUAAGACCUUUUUUGUAAACUUUACCCUUUUCCAGUGUAGCACUACUCAAAUCUAUCGUUAGUCAUAAAAACCUUCUCCACACUGACUUGUAAAUCCAUUUUCACACAAAACACAUGCUGUUAGUCGUAAAACAUCCACAACUCACCUGUUACGAAAUUUACUUUACUCACAUAUAACUAAAACGAGUGGGUAACCUAUGGCCUGUGGGCCACGAGGUUUGCCAUGCAAUUCUUCAAAUAAAAAUAUUUUUAAAAGCCCCAAAAUGUAUAAUAAAAAUGUAGCUCAUACUAAAUAAAUUUAGCAUGGCCCUCAGAGAACUAUAAAAACUGGACGCAACCCUGGAAUAAAACGUAAUAUUUUUUUAAACAUUUCUUCCUUCAUAUCACAGAAGCAAAAAUUAACAGGUUGUAAUAUUGACUGAAGUGCAGUAAUUAGUGCAAGAAACUGCUUUUUCUCAUUGAUUAUGGUAAUAGUAUAAUAUACUGUACGUAUGACUUAUUAUUCACAUUUUUUAAU